AUGAGGCUGCGUCAAUGGCUUUUUCAGAACUUUCGAGAGGUAGGAAACUGCCACCGGACGGGUUGCAGUCGUGGAAUCACGGUGAUUAGUUUUUGUUCUAAUGCGUGAUUGCGAUGAUUACGAGAAGGUCUCCCGGUUGCUGUCGUUCGAAGAGGUAGAUUUUCCAGUGCUGGAAUCGGAAGCGCUCUUCAUUAGAAAAGCCGGAGAGGAAAUUACUCAGCAGGUGUGUUUUUCUUUCUGACGAUUGGAGUUUACCAAAACUCAUAAGCAUGCAGUUGAGUAUCCUAUGUGCAUAAAAAAGUGUAUGUCACACUAUAGGCAAAGAAAUUAAAAUUUCAAACAAUAGGAGAAGGCUGAUUUAGAUCACAAGUAAAAUAAAUUUGAUGGAAAUAUCUGAUUAACAUUUUUGGUAUCUAUUUCUGCAAGUUCAACGAAUAUUAUGAGAUUUUGAAGACGUUCUUAACUUUUACAUUGACAACAUGAUUUUUUUUAAGAAUGUUGUUUAUACAGAUUAUUAUCACAAUUGUCUGAGGCGUGCCAUUGGCCCAUAGAACAUGCUAGUGAAAUAUGAUAAAGUAUAUUAUUAAUAUCAUUUUUUGAUAAAAUAUCUAAGACUUUGUAUUUAUAUUUUUAGAAUGUCUUCAACUACCCGGGGUAUUAAAUUAUCCUACAUGAAAGGAAAACGGUCACCUAAUUAAAAUUUUCGUUAACUGGAGACUUUUCUAUAUGGAUAGGUUCAUGGGAAGAGGGAAUGUAUUCAUUUCCCUGUUGUGUACAGUAAUGUUGGAUGGCUUGGUGCCAUGUCACGGAUUGGAGAGUGAAAAGUUGAUUGUCCUGACUUGGUUGUAGAUUGGAAUGAUUCAGACUGGCUUGGAUAUGGCUCAUACAAGCACAUGAGCAAAGUUUCUUUUAAAAAACUCACUUGCGUCUCAACAAUCUUGACUCAUACUAGGGUUCAGUGUCUUGGAAAAUCGAUUCAACUCGUAUCUAUUGAACCAAAUAGUACCAUGCGUUGAACCUGUUGAUAUUGUCACGUAGUAUGUGGAACCACAUAGUUCUACGUGUAACUAUGGGAUAUUUAGAAUUCUCCCCUACGUCUUUCAUGACUUGUAACUAGGUAUUUAAAAGUCAAUGCAUAGCAAAAUCGUAAUAGUAUAGUCAUUUUAUACACUGUCUGUUGAGAAAUCUGAAAUCGUCUGUACCUUUAUUUCCGUAAAACUCAUUUCUGGUGCUUAUUCUAAAUCGCUAUCAUGAAUUGUGCUUAUCCCAACCUGAUGACUUUUGCUUAUCAGCUAUACAAUUUUGAGGAUAAGGGAGGACGACGAGUUGUCUUGAGGCCUGAAAUCACUCCUUCCUUGGCAAGGCUUGUUAUGAAACAGGGGUCUAGAUUUUUUUUUCUCCUUUCACAUUAACCUAUAAUGACAUAAAUUUUAAUUUCAGAAUAUUGUUUUCUGUGCAGUACACUGAAAUAUUUGACUUUUCUUCUUCUCAGGAAAUCUGCAUCCUUUCCUCUGAAAUGGUUUACAAUAGGACAAUGCUGGCGUUAUGAGCGAAUGACAAGAGGGAGACGCCGUGAGCAUUAUCAAUGGAAUAUGGAUAUCAUUGGAAUUUCAAAAGUUCGGGUGUGCACAGUAGAUUUGAAUGACCAGCAAUCUAAUAGGCGUUCUAUUCUAAAUUUAUACAGUUUAAAUUAUAACUUUUUAUGAGCCUAUUUCAGCGACUCUUCAAUUCUUCUUGGUCAAGUUCAUCCAAUUUCACACCGUAUCCAAAGUUUAUGUCUCUUCCACUUCUAACAGUGAAGAAUCUGAUUAUUCAAUUUAUUCUUCCCAAAUUACUGUGUUAUAGCCUUUAACGUCUCUUCCAGGGAAAUCCUUAAGGGAAGGUAAUCCCUAUGGAGUAUAAAUCGUGUUCCCUCUGAAACCAGUCCAGAAAAUAUGAUGCAUCAUCAUAUCUAGUCUUAUCUUUUACCCUAUGUUUCUUUGGGAAAUGUGUGAUGGAUCCAUUUUGCCCUCUUGGCUCUACUGAUAAUAAAAUUCUAUUAUUGAUUCUUGCCUUAUUUAUUCCUCAUCUAGGCAGUUCCUAGUUCUGGAGGUAUCACAUUGAGGUAUUGAUUGUUUGGACUUGUACUGUACUAUGGGAAAAUUUAGUUGUUUUCCUACUUACCAACUGGAAGGAUUAGAGGCGCCUCCCCAAGAAUUUUCUUGCUCGGGACUUAAGAUUGGUCCAUCUUGUUUCUUGAUUUCAGGUCCAGAGCAUGUUUUAUAAUAUUUUCUCAAACUCCUUUUUGAUUGAUUUCUUAUGUAUAACCUAUAAUAGAUAUCUGAGGUACCUUCAUUUUUCAUAGCGAUUUCUUGUUUAAAUGAUGUAUCAUCUAAUUUGAACGACAUGCUGCUUUUGGUGGGAUUAUGUACCUCUCGCACCUAUGAUGCUCCAUGCACCUUUGAAAACCUUAAAUUUCUCAAUUGAGUUAUUGAUCGGGCUUGAUAGGUGAGAUCAAUUUUGGGAGUUGUUUUACACAACUUUGGUCGUUGUGGGAAGAUCCGGAGAGAAAAUAAAGUCAUGAAAGUAUGAAGAGCGGGAUGAUAUGUGGUAUAUGAGCUCAUUGUUUAACAGCAUCAUACAAUCCUUAAAAAAAAUGAAAAUUUUGGAUUUUUUGUUCAUUUAUUUCAUGAUUCCAAUGUUUUAAUCAGGAAGUGAAGUGAUCUUACAGAACUUUGGUGGUAGCUUUGAUCAUCUUCUUGUUUCUUUCUCCUGGCCUAGUGAAAGCUUUGUAAAAAUCACUUAUCGCUAUUCAAGUUUAUAAAAAUCUUCGGCUGUGAGUGUCUCCCAAUAGGUGGUUUCAACAAAUUCUGAAACCAUUACCCAUGGCGAUCGUAAGUUGAUUGGGUGAGAUAGACUACAGAUGACCAAUAGAUUAUUUUCCUGACAAUUUCGUGUUAAUAUUAUACUGAUAAAAAUGAAGUGGCACGGCAUUUUCCUGACAAACGUUUAUCUUCCACUCUGUUUACUUAACACAAUCAUCAAUUGGAACAAACUAACAUUUUCGCCGGGAAAAUAGUCGAAUAUUUUACCCCUCAGAAUUUGACACCACUUGGUGUUCCUAUCUGUUUGGUUCAAAGAAGCGUAUGACUAUCAACUUUUUGUUUGAUUGUCAUAACAGUUCUGGUUUUUGUGUGCAUAAACCGGUGAAUGGCCCAAGUACGGCAGCCUCAUAUGUACAGAAAUUUCUUUUUCAAUUUUUGGCUAAAUUUAAAAGAAUUUAUAUUGAUAUAAUUAUUGAUCCCUGUCCAUUUAGCCUUACAUAUUUGUGGGAUUGCUCUUUCAACUAUUACAUUUGAAUGGAUCUUGUUAUUAAUUCUUGCCCAUUUUGUCGUAUGGUCCUACAGGCUGAGGCUGAACUAAUUUAUGCUAUUGUCCUUUUGUUUGAACGGCUUGGGAUAACAGCACAGGAUGUAGGAAUAAGAGUCUCAAGCCGAAAGGUACGCAAAUAGAAACAAAAAAAAACCUGUUACAGUAUGAAGCAAAGAAAAAACCUAUAAACCCCUUUUCAUAAGAAAUUUAACUCCCAAUCUGUGUUUUCAUGGGGUCGAAAUCAUAUGUAAUCAGGAAUCUAAUCCAAAGAUUAAUUGUGAAGCAAAUAAUGCCCACUCCUGAUUCCUAUUAUUUAUUUGUCAUUUUUUAACUUUCAAGUAUUUUAAAAUUACUCCAUCAUUUUAAAAAAUAAUUUGUGUACGUAUAUCAUAACCUCUUUUCUUAGUAGGGAUCGUUUGGUUGGGAUCAAUAUGGGGAUACACUGCCGAGAUCCUUCCACAUCGAUCCUUGAAGCAAGGCCACAUCCCAAUCAGACAUCAUACUUCAUUUCCUGUUUUUUUUUGACAACCGUUUAUGUUUGAUUGUAUGUUCUCCUGCGUUUUCUUCUUAAAAUUCUUCCUAUUUAUAGUGGAAGGAGGGAGUUGGGUUACAGCUGCAAGCAUAGAGCUGGUAGAUUACAUUUCGUAGCCUUAAUAUUUGAGUGAUAACAUAUUUCUCUCAUUUAUCUGGUGACUAAACUGGCAUGUAGAUCUUUCCUGUCUUGUAUACCUUUUUAUCUCACAAUGAUAAAAUAAACCUUUAGUCCAAUUUCUUAAAUAUUAUAUUAUUUGCGAGGAAUUAAACAUCGUCGUUUAGUUUCCUAAAAAAAACAACUUUUAUUCACAAGAGCGAGAAAGUAAGCUUGUGGAAUUCUCAUAGAGUAAAUGCAUUCAUGUCAUCAUGAAAGGUUAGAUAAUUUUUCAUUUCUGUUCUGCUGUUAGGCAACUCAUGGAUGCUAUCCGUUGUCUGAGACCAACAAAAAGGAUCACCAAAGAGGACAUCACACGGUGACAUCAAUUAUGCCGUUUUAGCAACCAAUAAGUAGAUGGGCCAUUUUUGUUUCUAUUGCACAUGGCACAAGUAAUAAAAAUAAAUCAAAUUCGACUGCCAUUGAUCUUUAUUACAAGCUGGGGUGACACGUCUAUAAAAUAUCAGAGACCUUAAUUAUUAUAAUUGCCUGUAUUUCUGCAGGUUCUACAGGCAGCAUUGGACAAAUUUUCGAUACCCAAGGCUUUAUUCACUAAAGUUUGUGUGAUUGUUGAUAAAGUGAGUAUCAUUACGUUUUUUAUUUCAUAUUUUAUUACGCUGUGAUAUUUUAUUAUGUCAUGUUAUCUCUCAGAUGUUUCAGUAGUAAGCAAAAUUAAAAUGGGCGUGCUGACAGUUUUGAUACCAUGUUAGACAUUUUGUAAAUCAACUAAUUCUCAUGCAACCUGAAAACUUGAACUAACUAAAAUAUUGGAUUGUUGUAGUUCACCUUAACAGGUAUAACUGAGUAAGAUUGAACUGAGGGAAAUGUAUUGUUUUUAGUGGACGAUAAUUAAAGGUAACUGGUAGGGAAAGUGCUGCAAAGAAUAUACACGUGAGACUGGGUCACCCUAUCCAAAAGUGUAUAUGUGAACACACGUGUACCUGAACAGAUGUAUGUACGAGGCAUUCCAUGCGUGAUCCAAAUCCAGUUGCUGAUAUCAGUAGGAUAUGUUACGGUGGUAAUAACGCCUUAUUGAAGACGUGCCAUUAUGGUGGUAACACCCAGGACAUUGUAGUCUCGUAGUGGUCAGAGCCUCUGGAUUGGGAUGAGAUGCCACCAUCCUUGUGCUGAAUGAGCUUCCCCCAGAUCGCAGAGGGAUACUGCUGGCUGCAAUUUAUAGUUUGGUUCCCUUUUGACCUACUGAGGAGAUUCAUCCCCCAGCCCCAGCAUCAACCCCAACCCCAACCCCCCAGGAGUGGCAUCAUGUACGAGUCUUUGGACCAAUAAGGUUGAGAAAGUUAAGGCGAGAAGAUGAUAUUGCAAGAUAUAAUGUGCAUCCAUUAGAUUUAAGGUAGAGCGGUAAUUGAGUUGCAUCCAUUUAAACUAUUAGGCUUAUACUAUUAUACAAACGAUUGAAUCAUAAUCGUAUUGUUGCUUCUUGGAGUUGUUUACAGUAUAAAGUAGAUUAACCUGGAGGCACCAAAGCAGAAGUUUUUGGUUUCAAGACUUGAAUUUUUUUUAAAAAAUCAUUUAUUUGUCGGUUCAUAUGUCCUAGAUGAAUGUAAUCGUCCCCAGAUCAAGCUUAAACCUAGUUAGUAAGUACGCCGAAUUUUUCAUGAUACUUAGAGAGCCUCUGUGGGUAGUCACUUCUUGAGGCAUGCUAAUAUACCUUCACUAAGAUUUGAGUCAAACUUAUUAAAUCCUCAAAUGGUCAUGCAAGCAUUUGUCUCACAAAAACGUUAAACCAAUUUUUUUUAAGAAAUAAAAAGUAUGUCAAUUCAUAUUUUAACUUUUUAAAAGAAAACCAUUAAAUAUUUUUCAUUAAAUUAUUGAAUUAAACCUUUGUUCCCUGAGAGAUCCAAAAGCCUAAAUUUACCUAAAGUUUCACAAUACCUACCACCAUUCACUAUUUCUUUCAAUUUUAAAGGAUAAACGUAUUUGUUCACCGUAAGGCUGUAAUGAACUCUAGCUGUGAUUGGUGGAAGGGAUCCCCCAAAUUUUACUUGUCAACCUAGAAUGUCCCAUGGUUAAAUUUCUAAUGAGAAGAUUGGUAAAAUGGCCUUAGACGCCCUAGUGAACAAUACCCCAAAAACAUGUGUCAGCAUCUAUGCAUUUUGUUAUGGCCAAUACAUAUCUUAAUCAUGGUAGUAUAAUGCUUCCUUUUUUCCGUCGCAGUUGGGAAAAAUACCUGUGGACGAGAUUGAGAAGGAACUGACGUCACUUGGGGUAUCUAUAGAAGCUGUCAAGGGAAUAGUUGAUGUUCUUUCUCUCACAUCAUUAGCUGAUCUGGAAGGUUUGCUAGUUGACAAAACCUUUGUCUAUUCAUUGCGACUUUAUGACAUUUUCGUACGAUGGAUGCUUUUAUUACCGUUCUUACCCUUAAACAACCAUUCCUUUCAGAAACAUCUUUUAGGACUGCUCAAUGAAAUCUUAUUUCAUUUUCGGAGCAAAGGCUGGUGAUAUUAUUUUUUUUUUAUUGGUUCAGAAAUGGUUGCUGUUGAUAGGAUGGAACAGCUUCAUACCACAUGUUACUUCACCUUUGUGUAUGUCCCCUUGGUAAAGAAGAUUUACUUAUUAGUGACCGCUUGUUGUUUGCAUAAGAAUCCAAGAUAGAAGCAGUCCAACAAGGAUGCGCUCGAACUGGUGAAACACCCGAGUCUUUUAUGACUAUUUCCUUUUGCCAGUAGGCAGUUGCCAAAAACAGAACAUGCCCAGAUAGCCUUUUUGAAGGCUCAAUUAAUCUCUUUCUUGAUAACUGAUUUUAUAAUCAACUACCAGCAGUUGUAAUUACUUUCCAUUACCGACCAUCUUUUGGUAAAAUACCACGUACUUUUAUAUCCAUUUCCUUUAGGCGGUGGGCCGUUGACCAAGAAAGAACACGCACAGCUAGCCCUUUCUUGGUAAUUGAUUUUAUAAUCAAUUACAUUUCAUUACCGACCAGCUCCAUCAGAUAUUCAGCUUAAUUCCUCGAAAGGUUGAACCCAUGGAGCAGUUUAGCACGAGAAUUUUGGACGCAGAAAUCAUGUUUUUCUUGAUAUCAGUUUUCAUUCCCUCAGUUUAACAUUAUUUUCUCUUCUCCUUUCUAGUCUUUUGAAAAGGCAAGCACGCUUCUAGUUUCAAACCCAUUGGAGCAGCUCUUCCCCUGUGGACAUAGAUUCUCAGCGAUUUACCUCACAUUGCCGCUAUGCAGGUGCGCUGGGUUCUGAUGGGGAAGCUGUUGCGGAUUUGAAAAAGCUUUUUUCACUUGCGGAAAACUAUGGAUACUCUCAGUGGAUCCAGUUUGAUGCUUCUGUCGUCCGUGGGCUGGCAUAUUACACGGGGAUAGUCUUUGAGGUUGAAGUCCUAUUUUCCCUGUUUUAUAUUGGCGAAAAUAUUUUAUAUAUUUAUCUCUCUUUGUUGAGGUAUUCUUCUGAAAUAUCUGAUAUGGACCGUGGAAAUGUAGAAGAUUGCGGCUUUCAGCUCAGUGAAGGAGAAGAGUUUGAGAUGAGCUCGACGCUCAUGGGCUAUCUUAUUUAUCUCUCUUUGUAUGGUGGUGCUGUAGGCGUUUGACAGAGAAGGGAAGCUGCGUGCCAUCUGCGGCGGAGGAAGGUACGAUCGGCUGCUGUCUAUGUUCGGGGGUGAUGAGGUCCCUGCAUGUGGCUUUGGCUUUGGAGAUGCCGUCAUCAUAGAGGUACGAAUGCCCAUCUUCAUCAGUACUAUUUUCCUUAAUCAGAUAUGCCGCCCCCCCCUGUAUCUCUCUCUCUCUCCCAUAGACAGGACGGGUGAUGUUUUUUCUUUGAGAAUCUUUAUAUUUUCCAAGUCCAUUGACGAAGCCGUGAAAUAUGACAGCUUCUGAAGGAAAAGGGCCUCCUACCCGACCUGCUUCAGAAAGUAGACUGCAUCGUCUUCCCAUUGGACGCGGCCCUCGAGGGGCCCGCGUCCACUAUCGCCUCCUCCCUCCGGCGGAGGGGUCAGAGCGUUGACCUCGUAGAGGACAGGCGCCUCAAGUGGUACGCUCCUCCCCGUCUCUGAGCUCCUUUACGCCUACCGUUUUGGGGAAUCCUCUGACCGCCCCGCUUCUCGCUGCUCUUCAGGGUCUUCAAGCACUGCGAGCGGGUCAACGCCAGCCGCCUUAUUCUGGUAGGGAGCUCGGAGUGGGAGAGGGGAAUGGUCCGGGUAAAGAACCUCUCUACCAGAGAAGAAAAUGACGUCAAAUUAGAUGAGCUCGACCAGUUCCUGUAG